AUGAAACAGGUGGAUCUGAGAACUUUUAAGAAUAGCAACUGGAGUAUCAGCUUGAAAGUGUAUACAGCAGAAGAAAUCUCUGUUGCAAAUGGGACCCCAGGGAAGCUGGCAUGCAAGUCCCAGUCUCCUGACAUGACCAGCAGCUUGACCUCUGACCCUAGGAGCUUCCAGCCUUAG